AUGAAAACAACCGAAGUUGAUUUCUCCACAUUUUCUGGCCUGGACGUCGACUUCUUUGGAAAGUGCGCAGUUGCCUCAUCGGCAGACGGAGUCGUGCGAAUCCUGACCGUAGCAGACGGGAGACUGUCGCAGAGGGAGGAGCUCCGUUGCCACGGUGGCCCAGUCACAGCAGCCAAAUUUGCUGAAGAGGGAACUGCGAUAUUCAGCGCCGACUUCACCGGUCUCCUGGUCCAGUGGUCGAAGCAGGGCGGAUUGUUCCAGAAGAAGUCGGAGAGACGCGUUGCGAAUGGCCCCGUCUACGACCUGGCCGUGACCACGCACAUUUCGGGCGUAGUCUCCGUCUCGUGCGCCUGUGACGGUGGCAAAGUGAUCAAAGUCGAGUUCACGAAUGGGACUGAAACGAGGGUGGAGGAGGCCGUGGUUGGGGAGAGCAGCGUCCUCUGCGUCGACAGCAGCCUCGAGGCGGUGGUUGCGUCCGACCACGACGGCCGCGUCCACCUGAUCGAGCAGGUCGGCGACUCGUUUGGCGACUCGCGUGAGAUCUACGCCGCUGAUUGCGAGAUCACUGCUGUCAAAAUGAGCAAAAAGAGCUGUUUCGAUAGGACAUUUGUGGCAGUUGGAACUGAGACAGGGGUGGUUGUGCUGGAGAAGCGAGACGGCCACUUUGUUGAAAAUGGAUCAUUUCCGCUCUCUGGUGCCGUAGGCUCUCUCGCCUGGGCAGUAGGUGGAUUCUCGCUCUCUGUCGUCUACGACUGUGAUAAGUUAAAGGUGUACGAGAUAUCAGAAAGUGGCACAUUUGAGGAGAAUGAUGGGGUGGUAGUGGUAGGUAGUAAUAGUANGAUCUACGCCGCUGAUUGCGAGAUCACUGCUGUCAAAAUGAGCAAAAAGAGCUGUUUCGAUAGGACAUUUGUGGCAGUUGGAACUGAGACAGGGGUGGUUGUGCUGGAGAAGCGAGACGGCCACUUUGUUGAAAAUGGAUCAUUUCCGCUCUCUGGUGCCGUAGGCUCUCUCGCCUGGGCAGUAGGUGGAUUCUCGCUCUCUGUCGUCUACGACUGUGAUAAGUUAAAGGUGUACGAGAUAUCAGAAAGUGGCACAUUUGAGGAGAAUGAUGGGGUGGUAGUGGUAGGUAGUAAUAGUAAUAGUAGGUAG